AUGCAGAUCUCUACCUUCUUCGCUGUGCUCGGAUGGGUCCUGUCGACCGUAGCGAUACCGGCAAGCCCGACGGUUGAGGCGGCCCUCCCUACCUCGACCGCGAAUGUUGCCGGGCUCCACGCCCUCGCGAAGGCGGCAGGGAAGCUCUAUUUCGGAACCGCGACCGACAAUCCGGAGCUCACGGACCAGCCUUACGUUGCCAUCCUGAACAACACCCAGAUGUUCGGCCAGAUCACGGCGGCGAACAGUAUGAAGUGGGAUGCCACCGAGCCCGAACAAGGCGUGUUUACCUUUACCCAAGGAGACCAGAUCGCCGCUCUGGCGACAAACGAUGGGCGACUGUUACGAGGACACAAUUGCGUGUGGCAUGAGCAGCUUCCGAGUUGGGUCACAUCUGGAACCUUCACUGCUGCCGAAGUGACUUCGAUUAUCGAGACACAUUGCAGCACGCUCGUCGGACACUACAAAGGCAAAGUCUGGGAUGUGGUAAAUGAACCCUUCAACGACGACGGCACCUUCGGCCAGGACGUCUUUUUCAACGCGCUAGGAGAGGACUACAUCGCAAUCGCCCUGCGCGCGGCCAAGGCUGCUGAUCCUAACGCAAAAGUGUAUAUCAACGAUUUCAACAUCGAAGGAACAGGGGUGAAGGCCACCGCGAUGAAGAAUCUCAUCACAUCUUUGAAGUCUCAGGGAGUGCCCAUCGACGGCGUCGGUCUCCAGUGCCACUUCAUAGUUGGAGAGGUGCCCACAACUCUGGAAGAAAACAUGCGCGAGUUCGCCGCACUCGGCGUCGAGGUCGCGAUAACCGAGCUGGACGUGCGGAUGACGCUCCCCGAAACUGCGGCGCUUCUGGAACAACAGAAGGCCGACUAUCAGACGGUCAUCUCUGCGUGCCAGGCUGUCCCUCAGUGUGUCGGCAUCACGGUGUGGGACUUCACGGACAAGUUCUCGUGGGUCCCUGGAGCCUUCGCGGGCCAGGGUGGCGCAUGCCCUUGGGAUGAGAACUUGGUUAGGAAGCCGGCUUUCGAUGGGAUCGUGGCGGGUUUCUGA